GAACAAAGAGACGGUCCAUCAUGAAGGUAUCCGGCAGUAAUCUCACUGGCGCUCUACUAGCCUGCUGUGCACUAGCAUCGGCAGCUCGCUACAGUCCCAACGUCAAGACCAACACGGUAGUAUACUAUGGCCAAGGACCUGACCAAAAGGACCUGAUGACCUACUGCCGCGAGCCCGCCAUCGACGUCAUUGUGCUCUCCUUUGUCCACCUCUUCCCGCAACAGGCCAACGGCCUCCCCGGCACAAAUUUUGGCAACCAGUGCGGCGGCGCCGUCUACCCCGGCCCCGGCCCGGACCCGGCCCGCGACGCCCUGCAGGCCAACUGCCCGCGCCUCGUGCCACAGAUCGAGCAGUGCCAGCGCAUCUUUCGCAAAAAGAUCCUGCUCAGCCUCGGUGGCGGCGUCGCCGGCUACCAGCUCACGGGCGCCGACGCGGGCCGCGCCUUUGCCGACCAGCUCUGGGCCAUAUUUGGGCCGCGGCCCGACGGCUCAACGCUGCCGAGGCCGUUUGAUGGCGAGAGCAGGGUUGCGGAUCUCGAUGGGUUUGAUUUGGAUAUCGAGUUCCCGCCUGUCGAUGGUGGAGAGGGGUAUCGCGCGCUUGCGCUGCGGUUGAGGGCGCACUAUGCUAGCGUCCCCGGCCGGAGGAAGAUUAGGCUGCUGACGGCUAGUCCGCAGUGCGUCGUUCCGGAUUCGAAUUUGAGCGAUGUGAUUCGGGCGGUGAGGUUUGACGCCCUGUUUAUACAGUUUUACAACACCAUUGUCUGCUCAGCCGCCCGCUGGGCAAACGAGAAUCCGACAUAUACCCCUGGAGACAUUGCAAAUCCCGCCGGGUUCACCUUUGACGCCUGGACCGAGUCCAUCAGGGGCACGGCAUCUUCCCGCGCGAAGCUUUACCUGGGCCUAGCUGGAGGACCUAAUGCCGCUAACCCUGGGCAUUACAUCGACGAAAGCGCAAGCCGACGCCUCGUCGAAGCCUUCUUCUGCCGCCCCAACCUCGGCGGCGUCGCCAUCUGGGAGGCCACAAACGCCAACCCGGGUGGCAAGAAGGCCUACUACACGACCGCCAGGGAGCACCUCGAGCGCGCCAACAGGGACCCCAAGGCCAGGGAGUGUCUCGUUGCUCCACCUCCGGACAACAGUAACGCUCCGCCGGCCCCCGCCACUGGGACCUGCGGUAGCGGCGUCGGGAGCUGUGCCGGUGAUUUGUGCUGCAGCCAGUAUGGAUAUUGCGGUCAGGAGCCUGAAUACUGUGGCGCGGGCUGCCAAUGGCAGUUUGGGACUUGUACGUGAGGGCAUGGCAGCUGACUUUUCGUGAAUCCCGUCAUGUAGCACCCAUCGAUAUACACAUCGGUGUCGACCAGUGCUUAGGAAGAGACGCAUUUACUUGUUGGUUACAUGAUGACCGAACCCUACCGUCAUCUUUCACACAUCACGUAUAAAUCAUGCAGAGUAGUAGAUAAAGCUUUAUUCCUUUUUGGUUGCCGCGUAUAUCUGCCCGGACGUCCAAAAAAUCCCGUCCC